CAUAAAUUUCUCGUUACUUCACUUUCAUAGCGUUCAGACGUGCAAUUGGAUGUAAGAAGAUGGAUAAGAUUGCUAUGCUCAGUUACUUUCCUCCAAGGUAAGCAGCUUCAGAAUCUCUCGUCCUGUCUGCGCUCCCACAAAACCAAAAAACCACAGCACACUUCAAGCAUACAGAAGGCCAGAUUCUUGCAUGUGAAUGGCUUCUUUUCUACUUCCAGGCAUACUAAUGCUGUUGCUGUUCAUCUUCUUCUGCCCUCAACUAACCAUAUCACUAGAACAUAGCAGCAACUUCACAGAUCUCACAGCACUGCUGUCCUUCAAGAGCCACAUUCAAGAUCCCAACGGCAUUCUCGACAAGAGCUGGAACUCCAACACCUCCUUUUGCAGCUGGAUUGGAGUCUCCUGCAGCUCCCGACGACAGCGAGUGGUCGCGCUACGGCUCGAAGGACUCUCCCUUCAAGGCUCCAUCUCUCCUCAACUUGGAAACCUCUCCUUCAUGGCCGACCUCGACCUCGGCAACAAUUCUCUCACAGGGCCCAUCCCUGCUUCCCUCGGCCGCCUUCCCCGCCUCAAAUCCCUCAUUCUCGAGCACAACCAAUUAUCCGGACGCAUUCCUUCCACCGUAUUCAAUAUGUCCUCUCUAACUCAUCUCUCCUUUACCUCGAACAACCUUUCAGGUCCUCUCGUCGCAGAUCACAAUACUAACUUUACAAUUCCACUUCUCGAGUUCUUUUCUGUCGAGUCAAAUCAGCUGAAUGGAACAGUUCCUCCUGGCUUUCUUCAAUGCCAGAAUCUGCAACAGCUUUCUCUAUCUACCAACUAUUUCAGCGGAGGCAUACCGACAGAGCUCGCCAAGUUAAACAAACUCAGCAUUCUAUUCCUCGACACCAACUAUCUCAUCGGGUCGAUCCCGGCAUCUUUAGGCAACCUCACAUAUCUCACUCAGCUCGAUCUCCAUUCUAACCACUUACAAGGUGAGAUUCCCCCAGAAUUAGGCGACCUAUUAAAUCUCCAGUGGCUAUGGCUAGGAGGCAACAACCUAACAGGCGAACUACCGGCCUUUGUAUCAAACAUGUCCAUGAUCCGUGUUAUGGAUUUUUCAUCCAACAACCUUGCGAAAGUGCCGAUUGAAUUGGGGAAGAACCUUCCGUUCCUAACCACUAUUGGCCUCAGCUGGAACAAAGUGAGCGGCGGGCUCGACUUCAUCUACUCUUUAUCCAAUUGCAGGCAAUUGCAGAAUAUAGACCUCUCGCAUAACGAGCUGGAAGGCGUCAUUCCAGAUUCAAUUGCAAAUCUCAGUACGAGUGUCAUGAAGUUCGCUGUGAAUGGAAAUCGUAUCACAGGAGGGAUCCCUGCAGGAUUUAACAAUUUGAGCAACCUACUUUUCUUGAAUUUGCGCUACAACGAGCUGACAGGGACUAUACCGCCGGAGAUUGCUGAGAUAGGAGCGCUACAAGCGCUCUACCUAGGUUACAAUACAAUCUCAGGUUCGAUACCUCCCGAACUCGGACGGCUGAAGAGCUUGAGUGAGCUAAGCCUCGAGAACAAUGCACUAUCAGGAUCCAUACCUGACUCAAUUGGGAACAUUAGUUCCUUGCAGUUCCUAUGGCUUCGUGCCAAUAAAUUGUCGUCGAGUAUCCCCCGAAGCUUAUGGGGCCUUCCCGCACUCGUGGGGUUGUACCUCGCACAAAAUGCUCUCGAAGGUGUAAUUCAUCCGGAUGUGGAGAACAUGAUGGCCAUAACUCAGUUGGAUUUAUCCUCCAAUCGAUUGUCAGGUAGCAUCCCAGAUACUCUUGGACAGCUUCAAAUGCUCGCAGCUUUGGAUCUGUCUAACAACUUGUUCAAUUGCCUUAUGCCACAAUCUCUCGGUAAAUUGAUAAGCAUCGAAUAUUUGGACCUCUCACACAAUGAAUUUUCCGGGGCCAUACCAAAUUCCUUAGCUGAUCUCCGCCACCUUGCCACCUUGAACCUUUCUUUCAACAAGUUAGAGGGGCCGAUCCCAAGCGGUGGCGUGUUCUCCAAUAUUUCUUUCCAAUCUUUAAUGGGGAACGCGGCGUUGUGUGGAUUGUCAAAACUUGGGUUCUCGCCUUGCGUCAUCAAAUCUACUAAUUUUCAUUCAAGUGCUAAAUUACAUAAGCUCAAAAUCAUCCUCCCAACUAUUGCUUUGUCAAUAAUGCUCUUCUCUUGCUUUUUUAUCCUUUAUUGGCGAAAGGGCAGAAAGGUCGUUUCUUCCCCCAAGAUCCCACAUCUACAUGAAUAUAGCUUGAUUCCGUACCAUGAGCUUGCUCGUGCCACCGAUGGUUUCAGCGAGUCCAAUUUUCUGGGUACGGGAAGCUCUGGCUCAGUAUACCGAGGACGCCUAGAUGAUGGAUUGCUCGUUGCUGUAAAGGUGCUAGAUCUAGAAAAUAAAACGUCUCUGAGGAGCUUCGAAUCAGAAUGCCGUGCGCUGGGCAUGAUCAGGCACCGAAACCUGGUCAGAAUAAUCAGCACCUGCUCCAACUUAGACUUUAAGGCAUUAGUACUCCAGUACAUGCCCAAUGGGAGCCUCGAAAGAUGGCUAUAUUCUUCUCCUGAAUGCUGUUUGACACUUCUUCAGAGGAUAAACAUCGUAUUAGAUGUGGCGCUUGCGCUGGAGUACCUCCACCACCAGCUUGAUCAAGUUGUGGUGCAUUGUGAUGUAAAGCCUAGUAAUAUACUAUUAGACGAAGAAAUGAAUGCGCGUCUGAGCGACUUCGGCAUAGCAAAACUACUGGCCUCUGAUAGCAAAUCACUAGUGUCAGCAAGCAUAGCAGGCACCUUCGGGUACAUGCCCCCAGAGUACGGAACGACUGGAAGAGUUUCAAGGAGAGGAGAUGUCUACAGCUACGGGAUACUGCUGCUAGAAAUUUUUACAAGAAAAAAGCCCACAGAUCUGAUGUUUGCAGGGGAAUUAAACUUGCGACGUUGGGUAUUUGAUGCAUAUUCCACCAGACUAUUUGAUGUACUUGAUGCUAACCUCCUCGGAGAUCCGCUUGUUGGUGACGAAAGAACUCUGGAAGAUCACUCAGCAAGAAGUCGAUGCCUAUUGUCUAUUAUCGAACUAGCUUUACAAUGCUCAACAGAUUCACCGAAGGAACGGAUUUCAAUGAAGGACGCUGUCGCUAAAAUGCAGAAGAUAAAAAUGGAGUACUUGCGAAAGCUGCCCAACAAUUGAUGCGCGCUGUCGAGACUUCACCUGCUUCUUGUUUGCUUUUCUCCUUAAGGGAGAGUUCACUCUGCUUCUUUCAAGUAAUAACAAAACUAGGCAAUCUCAACAACCUAUUAUCCAAUGUGCAGUUGUAACUCAUCAAUGUAAUAGACUAAGCUGUUGGUAGACAAGUUGGUGUUCUAUUUGACAGUUAAUAAUUUUAAUUCUUAUAAUAAUUUUAACA